CAGGCACAAGUGCCACUCUGAGGACUGAGGAGCUCUCUCGUGCACUGCAAUCUCUCUCAGGUUCUUCCUCUGUUCAGGCUGUUCAGCUGCUAUCAUGUACUAAUCUCAUACGAAUAGUUCAUGCAUCCUCUGCAUCUCUUUGAUUCACACUGCUAUUCCAUAGUAUUGUACCUUCGUUUUUUAAGAAAAAAAAGGGAGGCCGAGAUGCGAGAUCAUUACAGUUACAGAUGGUCCACUCCAGUCCUCUGCUUUACCAAUGUGUCUUCGAACUCUCUUCCGUUUGUGGGGAAAAAAAUAAAUAAAUCAGAUGUUAGUGCGAUUCUUAUGACGAUUACAAUACUUUCAAGAAGACAAAUCCGAGACAUUUUGUUCAAAAGAAGAAACAAAAAAAAAAAACAAAUCCGAUACAGAUAGGGUGAGAAACGCACUGUUCCGACCUUUUUUACAGCUCUGAAAUACCAAAGUCAAACGGUCCCGAGCAAGAAACCGUGUCGCGGAUUCUUCCAAGCGCCCGCGUCAGCGACAAAUCAAGAACCCGCGGCGACCGGCGACGGGAGGAGGAGAUGGACGGGGAGCAGGCGGCGCGGUGGGCGGCGGCGCAGGAGGGGGUCCCCGUCGGGGCGGACCUUGUCGCGGCGGCGCUGCGGCAGCUGAAGUUCCUCGCGGCGGUGGACCGCCGCCGGUGGCUCUACGACGAGGGCCCGCUGCUCCACCGGGCCAUACGCAGGUACAAAGCAUGCUGGCUUCCCCUUCUUGAUAAGCACACUAAGGCUGCGGUUGUAGAUGGCCCAUUGGUUGUUCCUCUUGAUUGUGAGUGGAUAUGGCACUGCCAUCGGCUUAACCCGGUUCAGUACAUAAGGGACUGCAAGAAAGUAUACGGUAGAAUUCUGAACAAUAACAAUGUUGAGUCAUCCACUCAAACAAAAUCAAUACUUCAGUCAGAGAAGAUUUGGAAAGAGUUGUAUCCUGAGGAGCCCUUCAAAUUGGAGUUCACAAAAACCUCUGACGUUGUGAUGGAUGUGAACCCUGGAGUUGCAGAGGACAUUACCUAUGAUCUGGUCUCUGCUGUUAAGAGACAAUCCUCUUUCUAUUAUCAGGUUGGAACACCUACAAUGCAUGAUUCACGGUUUCUCCAAGAAGCUCUAGCUCGAUACAAGGCGUUUCUGUACCUGAUCAAGAUGAAUCAAGAAAAAGGGUUGCAACGCUUCCGUGUACCAACCUACGAUGUGGAUCUCUUGUGGCACACUCACCAGCUGCAUCCUGUUACCUACCGCAACGACAUGGUGAAGCUUCUUGGAAAAGUUCUGGAGCAUGAUGACACCGAUGCUGAUCGAUCUGAAGGAAAGAAACUCGAUGUUGGAUUCACCGAGACUACUGAACAGUUUGAGAAUACCUUUGGUGUAAGAUACUGGAAGGCUGGAUGUAUGUACCGUGGCAACAUGCCAUCUCCUGUGACAUCCACUCCUCAGAUAUUCAGUACUGAGGUUGGUACGGGAUCGGACAUCUGCAAAGCUCAGAAGGAUCUUAAUGCCCUUGAUAUAACAGCUGUAGAGUUGUAUUUACAAAUUGUGGACAUCAAUAAUUUGCCAUCUGCUGUUCGAAAAGAAAAUGUGUAUGUAAGGUUCACCAAGAAUCAACCAGAUACAUUUAUCAGUGACGGUGGCAAGUUGGAUAUUUCAACAGUUACAGGGAAGAACGCUGGAGUUUGUUUACAGUGUGAACCUACCGGAGAACUCAUUCUUGUGGUAAUGGUUGAUCAGGUAUCAAAGAAACCAGAACCGAUAGGGAAAGUUUCUUUCCCACUGCAAGAUUUGAUAGGUCCUGAUUCUAAGCUCUCCUUCGAGAAGUGGUUUGAACUGAAAGCUCAUGGUGGGCAUGCCACUUCCCCUCCUGUUAGUCUUCGUGUUGCAGCUUCUGCUACUGUCCCAAGCAGCUUUCAGAAGGUGUUCAGCAUGGUCAUGAUGGAGCCUUUCUCUCUGAAGUCGUGUCUUCUGCCACAUUCCAUCAAGGAUCAAAACAUGAGUAGCUGGACUCGUUUCGUAUAUGAUUGUGGUACCGAGCUUAUCCGUCUUCAGAUAAGAGAGCAAAAGGCAAAGAAUGGCAUGGCUGCUGUUCGGGAAUUGGUCGGAGUAUUGAAGUCACCAAAAAAGCAAUUUCAGCUUGCAGAAUUCAAGGAAAAUAAGUGGACCCUAAAAGACUCCAUGCUGUCAAUAACUCAUGGCACUGAUGGCAGUCUACUCGAUCUCAAAGGUGACAACCAACUGAUCAAGCUCUAUCAGGGAAGGAAACUAGAAUACGAGCGCAAAUGCUGCAGCGCUCAUUCUGAGGAUGUUUCAGCUGUUACUGCUGUAAAGUUCUGUGCUGAACAUCCAUAUGGCAAAGCUGUUGCCUUGCUAGACACUGAAUCUCAGCUUAUCAUGGUGAAUGAGGAUUGGUUCCUACUUCCAUGGAUCACGACAUCGGUCCUUUUUAUGGAUGCUGAUGGCAAGGACAGCAUGAAACUUAUCGGUGGUGCUGUGGUCCAGAAGGGUGCAGUGUUUGGAUCUGACACUAGCAUGGUCCUAGAGACACAGGCCGUCGGAGCAGGAAGCGUGGCAACGGCUCCUGCACAAUGUGGUACUUGCAGCACGGCAUUCAGUGGUGACAAAGUCGUGGCGGGCUUCAAGGCUGAACAUGCUAGCUCUGGUGCUUCUCGUACAGUCGUUGUGAGUGGUGAGAACAGCCACACUGAAUCUGCUUCUGGCUGUGGAGGCGGCUGCGGUAGCAGCUGUGGACCCAUGGUGGCUGAGGACUCCAAGGCCGACAAUGCCAAGUCUGGGGGCUGUGGUUCUGGGUGUGGUGGUGGUUGCGGUGGCGGGGGAGGCUGUGGGACCAUGCUGAAGGCCAGCACCAUGGCCAGCGAGGGCCAGUCCAGGUCUGGAGGCUGCGGUUCCGGCUGUGGUGGUGGCUGUGGUGGCGGGGGAGGCUGUGGGACCAUGCUCAAAGCCAGCACCAUGGCCAGCGAGGGACAGUCCAAGUCUGGAGGCUGCGGUGGUGGCUGUGGCUCCGGCUGUGGUGGUGGCUGUGGCAGCGGCAUGGCUAUCGAAGGCUCGAAGACAGCCAACCACGCCAAGUCUGGUGGCUGCGGCUCUGGCUGCGGUGGUGGCUGUGGUGGCGGGGGAGGCUGUGGGACCAUGCUCAAAGCCAGCACCAUGGCCAGCGUGGGACAGUCCAAGUCUGGAGGCUGCGGUGGUGGCUGUGGUUCCGGCUGUGGUGGUGGCUGUGGCGGCGGCAUGGCUAUCGAAGGCUCGAAGACAGCCAACCACGCUAAGUCUGGUGGCUGCGGCUCUGGCUGCGGUAGCGGUUGUGGAGGAGGCUGCGGCACCCUGUUCAGCUCCAGCACCGCAGCCGACCAAGGUCAUUCCAGAUCCAGUGGUGGCUGUGGCUCUGGCUGUGGCGGUGGAGGCUGCGGCAGUGGCAGCAUGGUCGCCGAAGGCUCCACCGGCAGGCAUGCCAAGUCCGGAGGCUGUGGCUCUAGCUGCGGUGGUGGUUGCGGUGGCGGUGGCGGCUGUGGCACCAUAUUCAAUGUGAGCACCAAGGCCGGCGGCGAGGGCAAGCACUCUGUGUCCGGCGGCUGUGGCUCUGGCUGCGGCGGUGGAGGCUGUGGUGGCGGUUGCGGCACCGUGUUCAACGCAUGAUCCUGGGCGCUGGAUGGCCAAUUGAGCCAAGGUGCUGUUGUCCUCUACAAGCCUUGUACUUGCUCCGGCAUGUAUCUAUUGGUGUGCCUUGGGAAUUGACGUUGUGGCUUGAGAAUCCCCCUAUAAUCAGAUAUGUAAAUAAUCAAGUAAGUAAAUGAAUAAACGAUGGAUCGAGAAAGAAAAACCUUGGUGGUUUUCCUUGCUGCUACUGCUUAGGUGGAAGUCAGGACUUAUGGGAAUUGGGAACGCUCCCAAUGAUGCGUGCAUCCUACAGUGUGUAAAGUUUUUGCUCCUCCACUACAAGAGAUUUAAGUUUAUUUCGAGUCAAA